AAAUAUACGAAGUUUUUAAUGUCUUUGGUUAUGGAACGUUGUUAGUUGACUUCUAAAAGGUUGUUUUUUUAUAUCGAACAGAAGGCUUUACUAGAGACUUAUGGCACCUAAUACAAGCAAUGAUGUCAUCGAAGUCGAAUGUAUGGAUGCGGAAGAAUCAAAAUUGGAGAAAUUGGUGGGUCCGCAGGCCAGGCCGUGGAAAUAUGAGAUAAUAUAUGGACGUGUAGCAGUAUUUGGAUAUUUUCACCUUGCGGCUUUGUAUGGACUCUACCUCGCUUUGACUGCUGGUCCAGCAUGGUCUACAAUUAUUUUUCACUGCGUUGUAUUUUUUUUCGCAUCCAUUGGUGUAUACUUCGGACUUCAUCGUCUCUGGUGCCACAAUGCACUUAAGGCGAAACUUCCCUUGCAAAUUUUAAUGGUAUUCCUGGCUUCUUUGACAUUCCAGUUUAGUGCUUUGAAUUGGAUCAGAGACCACCGAUUACAUCACAAGUAUACCGAUACAGAUGCAGAUCCACACAAUGCCGCUAGAGGGCUUUUCUUUUCACACAUAGGAUGGUUGCUCGUCAAGAAGCACCCGGAAGUAAAAAGACGCGGAAAGUUUAUAGACUUAAGGGACGUUAAAGCAAACCCAAUUUUGAGGUUUCAACACAAGUGGACCGUACCCUUCAUUGGUAGUAUAUGUUUUGUAAUACCAACUUUGAUACCUAUGUACUUCUGGAACGAGACACUAAACAUGGCGUGGCAUCUAACUUUUCUUAGAUUCGUUGCAUCUCUCCACCAAGUAUUUUUGGUUAAUAGUUAUGCACAUUUUGUAGGAACUAGGCCAUAUGACAAGCACAUACUACCCGCUGAUAACAGAUCACUCAAUUAUGUCAUAAUGGGGGAAGGAUUCCAUAACUUUCAUCAUGCAUUCCCCUGGGAUUAUAGGUCUGCAGAAUUGGGGAGUUUGUUUUUUAAUCCGAGUACUUGGAUUAUCGAAUUGUUUGCUAAGAUUGGAUGGGCGUACGAUCUAAAAACUGCGUCGGAAUCUGUAAUAGAGGGCAGGGCUCAAAGGACGGGUGAUGGUACCCGGGUUCAAAAUAAGUCUAAUUUAAACGUUAAUUCCUAAUCAUUUAUUAAACUAAUUUUCGGAUAUGACAGUGAUAUACGUCUUUCAUAUUCUUUGAUAUGUCCGUAAUUAUUUU